CGGCGGUCCGCGCAUUUCCACCAGCCAGUUAGCCCCGCAUGAUAGCCAGCCUCUACAGCGUAUUCCAGGCUGUAGAGAGGGGCUGACUGGGCUUUCAGCCGUACGCGGUAACCAUAGCGAUGCGGCACGAUUCAAACGGAAGACUGCAAUAAUUUUACUCUCUAUCAACGCUGCCAGUAAAGCCCGACAUCAAGAACUAUGCAAGUGUUCACCUGUCUGAAGAGACUAAAAGGAUCCAUGGAGAUUGACCCAACUUUUGAGAUCCCUCUGCUUGAGGAGGAUCCGCCAUGCAACAAUCUACCGCGGAGCAUGCUGCAGAACACGGGGAAACCAAACGGCAGAAAGAGAGCUCAAACGACGGGGUUGUCGCUACCCAAAUAUACGGCCGUUAUGCAACGCCCUCUACUCAUCGCCAAACUGGCUGCUAUCGUGAACCUUGAGGGAAGCCUUUCCCGCAAACUCAUCGUCUGGGACAACGCAUUGAAGAUCGAAAAGGAUCAAAUCUCAUUCGUUCAUCUUCUAUCGGGAGACCACCUUCAACAGAAAAGGCCCGAAGACAGAUUGAACCAGUUCCACCUUGAGGCUGCAGAGACCUGUUUAAAAUAUCUCACAGGUGCUAGGAAAGCACACGCUCCGUUCAAUGCAACUACAAAGUCUGGGUGUGCGGCUGAAUACAAAGGCCUGGUGGGGGCUCAACCUUUCAUCGAAUACGCGGCUACUUUCUGGCCAGUCCACGUUCGGCAUGCAGGGCCUCGCAGCUUGCCAAAGUUAUGGCCGCAUAUCGUACAAACCUUGAACGACGCUUCCUGCAGAGAGCUCUCCUUCCAAGUGUACCAGUUCUGCAAUCACGAAGAGUAUAUCCCAGAGCAAUCUUUCCUACAUAUUCUAGCCAACUACGGCUUAACAGCGGCCACUGAAAAGGCACUCUCUCUUGACACGCAGGCGACAAUUCAACUGGAUCUUAAUGCUAGGGACUCAAAGAGUCGAACUCCACUGUGGUGGGCCGUGAAAAACCAGCGCGUCGAGAUGGUCAAGCUGCUUCUUGCCGCCCAAAACGUGGACUUCAAUGCCCAAGAUGAUGAGGGCAUGUCACCGGUCAUGGUGGCCGUUGCGAAGGGAUUCACGGACGUCACUAAGCUCUUCCUUGAGCCUGAGUUUUCAUCGCGAGUGUCAUGGGCUCUACGUGAUCACCAGGAGUUUACCUGCCUAUAUUGGGCUGCUACGUCUGGCUUUGACGAUCUUGUCAGCCUCCUCUUAACACAGAACGAAGUCGUCCAAACGAUAAACGGCUCCGGCCAUAGCCCUCUCGUCACGGCGGCGAGAAAGGGCCAUGCACAGAUUGUGAAGGACUUGCUCUUUCAUGGCGCUUCUCCCAAUGCCACAGAUACAUGCGAUGGCCGGGCGGCAUUGUCAUGGGCAGCGGGUAAUGGCCACGAAGAUGUGGUGGAUAACCUCCUCUACGGUGAGGAGGUUGACCUCGCUCACGCAGAUCGAAAGCUGAAGUGGACGGCAUUCCAAUGGGCAGCGGAACGAGAAAAUGGUGCAAUAGCUCGGAAAAUCCUAGGGGUGACGUCAGAAAAGGCUGGGAGCGGCGGGUGCGAUCCCAUAUCGGCUCUUUUUCUAGAGGUCGCCAAAAGAGGACAAGGCCAGGCUCUUGAGAUUCUGCUCGAACAAUUUAACUCGAAAGCCGACUGCAGGGACGGAGACACAUCUGGCAGGACAGCUCUCUCCUAUGCGGCCGAGCGUGGCCAUGUGAACGUUGUCGAAAAGCUUCUGUGUUCGCACUCGGUGGGUGUAAAUUCCGGCGACGUGAAAGGAAAGACUGCUCUGAUGUGGGCAGCUGACCAAGGCCGCUCCGGUGUCGUGGAAGUGCUGCUCGCCUGGAAGGAGCUGGAUGUCCGAGCAGUAGAUUCAGACGGCAGAUGUGCUCACGACUGGGCAAGUGCGUCGAACCACGUGGGGAUACGGCGACUUAUAGAGCGGUUGGAUCAAGAGUGUUCGGGGAUCUAGAAGCCACCUAUCGAGCAACAUACCUUGGCUAUAUUCAACUGGGAAAGUACCAGGGCAUAGCUAUUGACGAAGUGACUGAGUGUGGUGGGCAUACUACCACUGAAUAAAGACUUAACAUCACAUAUCGAUAGAAUUUUUCACCACUCAUGUCGAUAGGAGGGUAUUUUUUUCGCCUGACCGGA